CUAUGCUGAAGGACGCCAAGAAAGCAGGAGUGACGCACUUGCUUCUGGACGUUGAGCGCAAGAAUAUUUUCACGGUGCUUAAACAAGCACAGCAGAUCGGCAUGAUGACCUCUUACCAUAACUACUUUAUUACCUCUCUGGACCUACACACAGUGGACUUGGAAGACUUCCGUCAUGGCGGCACCAACGUCACUGCGCUGAGGAUCGUAGACCCGGAGAACCCUCUGGUCCAGCGAGUCAUUCAAGACUGGGUGUUUGGAGAGCUCCGCUAUGGCCGGACCAUCGCGUCUCCCAUCAGCACACUGCAGGUGAGUUCAGCGGUACCUUCUGGGGGUGAUAAUGUAGUCAGGAAUGUUGCAUGACGAGGAUCCUUGUAGAUGAAUGGUUCAGAGAACCGACAUUUUGAUAAAUUAGACACAUGUAC